AUGCAACACUCCUCCAGCCGCCUCAUACCCGGUCGGUACCCGCCUCCCGGCGAGUCUCCAAUCGCAGACGCGAUCCGCGCCCGCCGUGGCGAGCGUGGUCUCCUCCCGCUCGACGGCGCGCUGCUCCACGUUCCGCCCAUCGCAGAAGGCUGGAGCGCGCUUCUCGGCGCGGUCAGGACCAAGGGGCGUCUCCCGGGAGACGUCCGGGAGCUCAUGAUCCUGCGCGUCGCGGCGCACAACGGUGCCACGUUCGAAUGGAUCGCUCACGAGAAGGUUGCGCGCGCCGAGGGCCUCGGGACCGCCCAGCUGCUGCUUGCCCGCGACCUGGGCGUUGUGGGCGACGCCGGGGUGCUCACCGAGCUGCAGCUCACGGAUCGGACGACGGACGAACUACGCGCUGCGCUGGGCGGGGAUGACGAUCUGUUCGUCGAAGCGGCCGCGGUCGUCGCGACGUACAACAUGGUCUCACGUUUCCUUGUCGCGACGGACGUCGCCGGGCUCAGCGACGAGCCCGUGCCCUGGCCCACCGACUUCGCCACGCACAUGCACCAACUGCCCACGCAGCACGAGAUCCCGUACCCCGACGCCGAGCCCGACGCCGGGCUCACCCUGCACGUCGAAACCCACACCGUCUCCCCAACCGCGCCCUGGCUCCGCGGCCACGGCCGCUCCUCCACCCCGCCCACCCCGCCCACGAUCGCCACGCUCGCCGCCGACGUCGCGCACAUCCUCGCCACCCUGCACAUCCCCCGCGCGCACGCCGCCUCGGCGUCUCCCAGGGCGGCGCCGUCGCGCUGCACUUCGCGGCGUCCUUCCCGACGCUCUGCGCGCGCGUCGUCGCGUGCGACACCGCGCCCGCUACGCCCGCGGGAACGCGACGCCUGGGACGCCCGGAUCGACCUUGCACGCACACAAGGUAUGCCCGCGCUCGCCGCCGCGACGCUCCCGCGGUGGUUCCCCGCGGGCUCGGCGCUCACGGCGCCGCGGCGCGAGGCCGUGGGGCGGAUGGUCGCGGGCACGGCCGUGGACGGGUUCGCGGCGGGCGCGCGGGCGCUGAUGGCGUACGAUCUGUACGCGGCGGGGCUGGAGGGCUGCGCGGUGCCCGCGCUGCUCGUCGCGGGCGCGCUUGACGGCGACGGCAAGGUCGCGGCGGGCCUGCGGGCGUUGCGGGAGAGGUGGGCGGGGAAGGGCGGGGACGUGCGCGUGGCGGUGGUGGAGGGCGCGGGGCACCUGCCUAUGGUGGACGCGACGGCGGGUUCUGGGCGGUCGUAG